CGCACCGCCCAUUCACUAAAAACUGUUUUUACUGCGAGAACUGGUGGCGGGUGUUAUAACUUCCGUUUGCCUCUCUCCACCGCCAUAAGAUACACCCUUUAAAGUAAACGCUGAAAGCUUAAAACGGUGGCGAAAUUCUUCACGAAUAUUACCAACUUCAGUUUUUCCGGUUACGAAAUGUCUCGCAAGAGGGCUUCUGUGAACCGUCCUCCAAUGCCUGGUGCAGACCAAGUUGAUGUUCAUUCAAGCCAAGAGCUCAGCCUUCAAGACGUCAUCAAUAGCAAGUUAAUUGAGAGCGGAGAGAAAGAGAGAUUAAAGGAGCUUUUGAGGGAAAGGCUCAUAGAUUGUGGUUGGAGUGAUGAAAUGAAAGAUCUUUGCAGGGCUUUUAUGAGGAAGAAAGGAAGGAACAAUGUAACAGUGGAUGACCUUGUACAUGUCAUUACUCCAAAAGGCAGAGCCUCUGUUCCUGAUACAGUGAAGGCGGAAUUGUUUCAGAGAAUUAGAGCUUUCCUUGCUUCAUCUAUUUGACAUAGCUGCUAAUAGCUGAUUGGUGGACCUUCGUAAACCCAAUCUUCCUGACGAGUCAAUUUCUGCUUUCUUGUUUGAAAGUUCGAAGACGCAUUUAUAAGUAAAUGUUUCUACUAGAGAGAUGAGCAUCUCUGUUUGGAUGAUAACAGCUGAGGUGACUAUUACACAUGAAGCAAGUACUGCAAGAGUAAAUAUAUAAGUGAUUUCUUGCCAGUCCUGAUGGUUCACAUAAACCCAUAGGACUUCUAUAGAAUGGUUAUAUCACCCUCAUGAUGUGGAAGGAAAUUUCAGGAAGAAUGGUUUCUGGCUGUUGUUGUUAAAUCAAUUCAAUUGUUUUUCAAGCACUUCAAAUUGAGUUUCAUUUCUUAUUA